CCUCUGACUCUGCUGCGAAACACACGCUGAGGGAAUACUCCUGUAACAUUUUGCCUUUUCCUGCAAAGGCAAACUAUCAGACUGAAGGAUUACCCUUGAAGAAGUGGCAAACAUUGCAUUGUUAUCAUUUUCUGCUCCUGAAAGGAUUAUAAAGCCCACGGUGAUCAGAGCAGAUGGAUUUAAACGGCUUCAUGUAUCUCCUGAUCCUUUGUGCCCUCAAUAAGCUCCUGGUGGUGGCGAGCCCUGAAGAUGACUACCAGGAGCAUCUGAACCAUCGGGGCGAGCAUCAGUCGACGCGGCAUCAAAUCGCCACAGCUCAGUAUGAAUGUUUCCAGAGGAUUAUUAAAGAAUCGCACCGCAAAACAAAAACAAUAGCAGGGCCAGUGUGCAACGCAACAUGGGAUGGGUGGCUGUGCUGGGAGGAAACUGAACCUGGAUCAACAGAGCAGAGCUGUCCAGACUACUUUAAGGAUUUUGAUCCUCAUGCUAUGGCAUCCAAAGUGUGCUCAGAGACGGGCGAGUGGGGACGCCACCCAGAGAGCAACAGGACAUGGACAAAUUUUACAAACUGCCAGGCCAACACGACUCAUCACGGGACAGCGGCAAUGACUCACUUCUACUUGGUCAUGAUUGGUCACGGCCUGUCGCUGGUGUCACUGCUCAUAUCAUUAGCAAUAUUCUUCCAUUUUAAGAGUCUAAGCUGCCAGAGAAUAACCCUCCACAAAAACCUCUUCCUCUCAUUCGUGCUGAACUCCAUCAUCACCGUCGUCUGGCUUACAACAGUGGUAAAGAAACAGGGACACACAUACAACGAUUCUGCGAGUUGUAAGCUGCUCAUGUUCAUCCACCUAUAUCUGCUGAGCUGUAACUACUUCUGGAUGCUCUGCGAAGGCAUCUACCUGCACACUCUGAUUGUUGUGGCAGUGUUUGCAGAAAAACAACAUCUCAUGUGGUAUUAUCUGCUCGGCUGGGGUUUUCCACUUGUGCCAGCGGUGAUACACUCAAUAGCACGCCACUGCUACUACAACGACAAAUGUUGGGUCAGCUCAGAUACGUCCUUGCUGUACAUUAUCCACGGCCCCAUCUGCGCCGCUUUGGUGGUGAAUCUCUUCUUCCUGCUUAACAUCGUUCGGGUUCUCAUCACCAAGCUGAGAGUGACGCACCAGGCCGAGUCCAGCCUCUACAUGAGAGCCGUGAGAGCCACACUCAUCCUCAUCCCUCUGCUCGGCAUCCAGUUUGUCCUGCUUCCCUACAAGCCCCAGGAUCACUGGGUCUUUGAGAUCUACUUGUACGUUAUGGAGAUCCUCAUGCACUAUCAGGGUCUCCUGGUUUCUACAAUAUUCUGCUUCUUCAAUGGGGAGGUCCAGAGCGUUCUGCGAAGACACUGGAAUCAACAAAGGAUGCAGUUUGCCGGCACAUUUGCCAAUGCUGACUUCUUUCGCUCCGCUUCCUACGUGGCAUCAUCCCUCACAGAGGUCCACCGCUGCUACAGCAUCGAAAGCCACACCGAGCACAUGAACGGCAAGAGCUACUCGGAUAUAUUCAGAUCGGAAAGCCCUUUCGUGUGAAGCUGGCACUAUUUCUUUAAAAAUGCUACGAAGAUUGACGUCUUCAUGGAGUUUUACCACUGUUCAAGGCAACUGAGUACAAAUGUUUUUCCAUCUUCUAGCCAAAAACAUUCGUAUAUUUUACUUUUUAAGACUUUUUUAAAAUAAACAUCAGCAAAAUAGAAGGAGCUUGAGACCAAAGACGCCGUUUCUUCAUCAUCAUUUACAUCAUGCGAAUAUUCGAAGGGGCUCCUGCCGGACAUAAGGAAGAGCCCAUGAACCAAAGCAUUAACACAAGGAAUUAAUGCUUUUUUUUUGUUCGUAUGGAAUAAACUCGAAGAGCUGAAGAAGAAACUGCUCUGCUGAGCUGGCAGUCUUGCAAAUAGAGUGUUUUUUUUCUGGGCAUUUUGAGCAUAUUAAUGCAAUUAAAAAAUGGGUUGUUAUUGGAGAGAGUGUUUUGGAAAGGAUAAACACAAAGACCAUGUGGAACCAAGUCUGAAAAGCAUUUCAGGUUUCAGUUAAAGGCACAUAGAUCUUUGGAGACAGAAAUAAUCCCACCUAUAACGCAAGUAUCAAUGUGCAGAGUUGCAAGAGUUAGCCAGAUGGCAAGCAUUAAUAGCAAUGAAGGCAAACUGUAUAUCUUAAAGAGUGCAAAAGAAUGAAGUACUAUGAUUUCUGUUGUUAGUACCAUAAGGAACCGCACAUGCUAAUGUAGAAAAACGUUCAAAAACACAGAAAUAUGAAGUAUUAAACUGCUAGCUUUCUUAGCUAAAUGUCAACCGUGCUUUAACUGCCUUUGAAUUAAAGGCAUCCAGCUUAGAAUAUAGGGUGAGGAGAGUUUUCUAUUUAAGUUUUAAUAUUCUUUAGAUAAGUUAAAAGGAAAUAAGGAGAUUCACAACAAAAUAUUGUCAGAAACAGCCCCAUAGGUCAUUUGUACAAGCAGUCAAGGCCCAUAUUUCUGUUUAUUGUUGGGUGUUUGGUGGCUGUAGUGAUUAUGACAGGAGCAAAGGAGAAAGUCAGGAGGUCAAAUUGGUCAAACAAAGACAGGACUUUGACCCAGGAGAUUACUGUUUGUGUCCCGUGUGAAAACAAAAGUCAGCGUUGACUAAUUUUAAUUCAGCGCAUUGUUAUGGAAAUGAAUACAACAACACUCAUACCGGUCCGCAGGUUAAUUUAAUGUACUUAACUAACUUAUGUCACAAACAUAAUGUACCUAACUUUUGUUAAGUACGUAAUGUUAGUCAACUUGCAUAUUUAACUUAAGUUAUGUAUGUCUAACUUAACCAAGUUUUGUUGCCUAAACCUAACCAGGUUUGCACUUUUAUAUAGACCAUUAUAUGUGAUGUACGACUUAUCCUGUAAUUUAGGUAUGAGGACACAUGUCGGAUCUGCUGUCCUGGUAGGGCAUUAAUUAAAGGAACGCUCCUGUGGGUUGUAUUAGAUGGUAGGAACAAAUGACCUAUGUGGUCCCAUAGGUUGGAUUACUUCAGAAAGAUAAGCUUUCAUUGUCUUACAGUAUCUUUUAAGUUAAUGCUCCUUUGGCUCAUUGUUUUUUUUCUUGCUUCAGGUCUAAUUAUUCCAAAAUGCUGGAGAGAUGAUUGUGAAGUUGUGACUGAGGAAAUAUGACUGAAAAUUGCAUUAAUUUGUACAUAUAUUUGUAUAUGAAUGUGACAUAUAUCAAGGCACAAAUAUGCAGCCUUUACUGUACUUUGUAUAUUUUUUCCAGCUAACACAUUAUUGUAUUACUGACGUUACACUUUUAAAAGUCCACAGACUGCAGCAGGUUCAUAUAGCCAAGUAUACAGUUGUUAAAUGUAGUUUUUUUUUUUUUAAUUCGUUCUCUUGAGAUUUUGGUGUCAAGGAAACAGAUUCAGCAGGAACUGAGUUAUGUUGAUUCACUGAUAAGAUAAAACCUGUCAUCUCUAUGAGAGAUAACUUUCCUGAUACACAAAAAGCUGCUGGUUUCAGCCUUAAAAAACAGGAAAUACACUUAUUACCACGCUCAUGUUUGUCCGUUCAGUAUGAAGCUGCAGCCAAGAGCUUUAGCAUAAAGACAUGAAAUGGGAGCAGAACUAUCCGCAAGCAUUAUUUGCCAAAUGUUGAAGUGUUAGCUGUACAGCACUUAAGUAAAUCUGCGUAGAAAUUUUCAACUAUAUUUUUCUGUUAGAAUCACCGAAUAUUUCUGCCAUAUGAGUACCAUAAUAAUUUACAAGACCUCUACUGUGAUUUCUGAACUGAUUUGGGGUGAUAGGAGAAAGAAAUAUAUAAAUGUCACAGGUAUCAACAAUACUUUUAUCUUUAGCUAUUGUAUUUUGCUACUAAAGAAACCCUUAAUACAGUUUCUUGAUGUGCACAGUUAGAUAUUUAUUAUAUGUUACACUGGAAAUAUAUGUAUUGCAUUGUUUAGGCUCUAAUGUCUGAAAGGUGGCAUUCAUUUCUUUGAUCGAUAAAUCAAAUUCUUCCAGGGAGGAUCAAACUGAUUUACCUUUAAAGGGUUAAUUAGCUUGUGAGAGGGUUUGAAGGGUAAACAAAGCAUGCUUGCUGCUAUAAACGCUCUAAAUGUUGAAGGCUAAAGCUCUUUUGAAUAAACCUCGUUAAAAGGAUCAGUCUAGCUUAAUUAAUAAUAGUAUUGCUGUUAACAUGGGCUAUAAUAGAAAGAUAAAUAUACACACGGUGUGAGAGGGAUGUGAGAACAGUUAAUCACAGACAGGUUUUCUAACGUCAAGAAUGCCUUGGUGGUAAAAGAAAUAUAAAACACAGAUGUGUGUUUUCCCACGUCAGAAGUGUUACACAAGAUUUUAGCCACAGUCUGAAUCUCAUUUUCAAUUUUGUAACAUAGUUUUGUCAGUAAAUAAUGGUUCAUACUUAGGUAAGGAUGUUGUAAAUAAAAAGAAGCUGUUUUAAACUGAGAUUCAGUU